CCUUCCUUCUAUAUUCUCAAACUUCAAGAGAACUCUACCCUUAGGUAGCGAUUUAAAUUAAUUACUUUGAUAACUGAGACCGGUGUGAUCGUGAUCAAAGCAAAGAUGGGCGGUCCAGGAUCAUCAUCACCAUGUGCUUCGUGUAAGCUUCUUCGCCGACGCUGUGCAAAAGAUUGUAUCUUUGCACCUUAUUUCCCUCCUGACGAUCCUCACAAAUUCGCCAUAGUUCAUAAGGUGUUCGGCGCAAGCAACGUCAGCAAAAUGUUGCAGGAACUCCCGGUUCAUCAAAGAGCUGACGCGGUGAAUAGUUUGGUUUUCGAAGCAAACGCAAGAGUUAGAGAUCCGGUAUAUGGCUGCGUAGGAGCAAUCUCCUACUUACAAAACCAAGUCUCACAGCUUCAAAUGCAACUAGCAGUGGCUCAAGCCGAGAUUCUCUGUAUCCAGAUGCAACACGAGCAACCUUUACAAUCUCAUCAUCAAGUACUUGAACUAGACCAAGACGAAAAGGCUCUCUUGCUAAACAACAACAGUAUCAACAACUGCAACAACGACAAUAACAACUUGGGUUAUGCCAUGUCUUCUGGGCAGUUUAACUCUAACUUUGCUUCUCCAAGCAGUAUAAUGCAGAUGCAAAUGCAAAUGCAAGACCCUCUUAAGCAAGAAUCUCUUUGGACUUGACUUAAGCCAUUGUUAUAAAUUAAUCAUCGUUGUUUGGGAAAACUCAAAUGAAGACUCGACAAGUUUUCUUCUUGGCUAUGUUUAAAAAGAGAAGAUGGGAACAAGUUUCGUGUAAGGAAAGUAAUAUAAGUCAAAAGCUUUAAUGCAUGCAUGUGGUGGCGAUGACUUGUAGUUAGAAGCUUUAGAAUUAGAGAUCUACUUUUAUUUCCCUCUUAAUUUGGUUUCUCACUGUAUUUUUCCUUUUCUAUCGUUUGAACAGUGAAAAUAGAUCUAAUUCCAAACC